AUGAUUCAAGAUAUAGUUAUCACGAGGAACAAGGUGUAUCCUCGAGGAAUUACCUCCAAUGACAGUUCAAUGGUAUCUGUGAAUCAAGGGCUGUCGUUACUCUUGUUGGAGCCCAAGUUUCCUAAUUUACAUCAGACUUUAGAAUGCUUCGAUGAGAAUAACAAUAACUUAAUCACAAAGAAUCUUUUCAAUCAUCUCAACAUUCUAGAUAGUAAUACGCUUGAUAAGUUUGACAUAAGAAAGUUUAACAAGACCAAUGUUGUAUCCUCAUCGACAGAUUUCCAUUUUGCCCGUGUUGAACCAAUCAUCAUCAAACAUAAAUGGUUCAAUCACUCUAAGAAUAAUAAGAGGAACCUGUUAAUGGUCUUAUUCAAUUCAGGAGAAUGUAUUUUGGUCAACAACGUCAACAAUGAAUGGGUAAUGACUGACAGUUACUUCAAUUGGUGCUUGAGACAGGGUGGUAUAAGAAAUGAUGAUCUUGAAUAUAAUCUACAAUAUGAAGAAUAUAUCGAGUAUAAGGUAAAAGAUUUUGAAAUUUGUCAGGAAACUAAAAGUUUCUCCAUCUUAACUGAAUCAAAUUGUUUCAGGGAAUUUGAUUUGAAUUUUGAGUUGUUAGAUGAAUUUACAGUUAAACAUCAGGUCAUAAAUUUUAAAUAUAGUAUCGAUUUUUAUGUGUAUACCACAGUUAAGAAUGAAAUCGUCACUCGAGAUGGUAAAGUGCUCCUGGAAGAAAACAGAUUCAAAAUCAGUAAGAUUGAGUUGAAGGAUAAUCUUGUUUAUGCCACCAAUUCUAAACAGGUAUUUAUUCAUGAUAUUGUCUCCGGUAUCAACGAAAUUAUACCUCUCGCCAGCCACUGGGUCAAUGAUCUUCAUAUCUUCGACGGUAAAUAUCUUGCUAGUGACGACAGCAGUAUCUUCUGUAAUGAUGCUACCGUGCAAAAUAUCAUCGAUCGACAACUCAAAAUGAUCAAGAUUAAGAACGAUGGGAAACUUAUGAUCUAUGGUACAACGAUAAUGAACGGAGUUCUAAUAGUGGUCUAUAAGAAUUAUCCAAUUAACACUUUAAAUUACACAAUUUUGAGUAAGCAGGAGUUCAAACUCAGUUUCAUUCCUAUAAAACAUACAACGAACCAUAAUCUUAAUUUGAUCAAUAAUCUUUGGUUCGAACACUACAGUGAUAUCAAGAUAUUCCCAGAGAACUCCACCAUAACGUACGAUUUGAUAGACAAGUUCCUAGCAUCUUUGACAGAUUUAAAGACAAAUAUGGCUUUGGAAUUCAAGUCAUUGAUACCACAGAUUCAAUUUAAAGAUCAAUUUGCGGAUUAUCUAAUAUCGAAUUUCACCACAAACCCAGACAUUUUGAAUUUACAAGAUGUUUACAAUUUCAAUGCCACCAUAAUAAUUGGUUUGAACGCCUUGAUUGAAAGGUUGAAAUCAAUUUCAAAUCUAGAUAUCAGUCUUUUGGAAAAGUGUCAAGCUUUCUAUUAUAAAUUGUCUGAGGAACAAACUCUUGUUCAAACUACAAUCCAGCGAUUUUUGUUUCAAGCGAUCGUGAAUUUUGACUACCCUUUACAACACGAUAUUGAUAAAUUUAUUAUCGGGAACUACACCACAUUCCUUGGAUUACCUAAUCCAUACCCCGACCUUACUGUUGAAAUUUCAACAACAUUUUUCAAAGAGUCAUUUAGAAUCGGCUCCAAUGUUUCUUUAUCCGAUCACCAAUGGCCUCAGUGUGCUCUUACUUUCCUUCCCAUUAUGGACUUAAAUUCGAAUACCGAUUUGCUAAACAAGUUUCACUAUUGCUCAAAUAAAGAUAGCAAAUUUGUUUCUGAAUUAACUUCUAUAUUGAGUUAUUGUAUUGUAACGGGGAACAGGUUCAAAUAG